AUGGCCAACAUCACCUACGAUACUGUUUUAUUCUUUUGGCGAGUUGUCACCAAUAUCUUCUUUCGUGAGAUUCGUCCACGAGGCGCUUGGCACAUCCCCAAGGAUGGUGCAGUCAUCUUCGUAGCUGCUCCACACAGCAACCAGUUCCUGGACCCCAUUCUACUGGCUUCUGAGGCUUUAAGGGAGGCCAGAAGGCAUGUGGCGUUCCUCAUCGCCGCGAAGAGCAUGAGGAUGAAGGUUAUCGGAUUUUUUGCUGGUCUGAUGGGGAGCAUCCCAACCGAGCGUGCUCAAGACCUCGCAGUGAAUGGGAGUGGCUUUGUUUCCCUGUCUCCGUCAGACCCCUUGUUAGUUAUUGGUGUCGGUACCAAAUUCACAACUGAACUGUCGCCCCGCAAGAAAAUUGCGCUUCCCAAAUCUACUGGCAGCGUCAUGGGUGAAGUGGUAGAAGUUAUUUCCGACACUGAAGUCAAGAUCAAGAGAGAAUUCAGUGGGGAUAACGGAAAAGCUACGUCCAAGGUUAGAGAACAAAUUGAAGAUGCGUUGAAAGGGGGAAAGCCGGGUCUGUCGUUCAAAAUACUCCCGUAUGUUGAUCAAGAGCAAAUGUACCGCCAUGUUUACGAGCGUUUGAAGAAAGGGGGCUGCAUUGGUAUAUUCCCUGAAGGCGGGAGCCAUGACCGAACUGAUCUAUUACCACUGAAGGCGGGAGUUUCGAUUAUGGCACUUGGCGCAAUGGCUAAUAACCCCGGCCUUCGCGUGCGGAUCGUGCCUGUUGGAUUAUCGUACUUCCAUGCUCACCGUUUCCGCUCGCGUGCAGUAGUCGAGUUUGGUUCUGCAUUGGAUGUACCCUCCGAACUCGUCGAACAAUUCAAAGCUGGAGGCGACAGUAGACGCCAGGCGUCUAGCAAAUUACUUGACAUCAUCUACGACGCGCUGAAGACGGUUACUAUCAGAGCACCGAACUAUGAAACUCUAAUGCUUAUUCAAGCAUGCCGCCGCUUGUACAAAACCCCCGGCCAGCACCUUACGCUCGGCCAGGUUGUCGAGCUCAAUAAGCGGUUCAUCGAAGGUUACAACCAUUUCAAGGAUGAGCCACAGGUUAAGAAAGUACAAGCUGAUGUCCUUCGAUACAAUCGUUUCCUAAAGGAUUUGGGAUUAAAGGACCACCAAGUUCCACGCGCUAAACGUGCGAUAUGGAAAACUCUCGGACUCCUGACGUAUCGUGUACUCUUGCUGUUAAUCUGGACUACAGCUGCACUGCCAGGAGUUGUCUUGAAUAGCCCAAUUUUCAUCAUUGCCGCUGUGAUGUCGCGCAAGAAAGCGAAAGAGGCUCUCGCAGCGUCAAGCGUCAAGAUUGCUGGGCGAGAUGUGCUGGCGAGCUGGAAAGUUCUCAUCUCACUUGUUUUCACCCCAUUCCUGUAUACUUUUUAUGCCGUCAUCGCCACCCUUGCUACUAGCAGAAUAGGUGUAUCGCGUAGGUGGAGAAUGUGGACACCUUUCAUUACGAUUGCGGCGCUACCAUUUUUCGGCUACUCUGCAUUGAAGUUUGGAGAAGCUGGCUUGGACAUUGCCAAAUCAUUGAGACCCCUCGUGAUAGCAUUAUUACCUGGUCAGCAGCGGUCCCUCAAUAGGCUUAAGGCAAUGCGUGAGGCGAUAUCACAAGAAGUAAAUGACGUGAUAAAUGAAUUCGGGCCCAAGCUAUUUGAGGAUUUUGACUCUUUCCGCAUCCUCGUCCCUGCAUCCGCACCCCCUUCUUCGGGCUCAACCGGAUUGUGGAGACGGAAGACUGCUGUUGGCGGCGUUGACCAACAAGGCACUCUCCUAAAUCACCCCAUGACCUGGAUUGAUGAGCGUCUCUUUGGUUGGAGCCAGAGCACCCGCCGAGAGCCAACUAGCGGGUCAGCCAGUCUCAUGACCAGUCAUCAGGGUACUCCUGAUGUCUCGGACGACGAACAAGAGAACGCCGACUACGAAAAUGUGGUGGGCUAUUUGCACUCCUACGAGCCAUCCUUAUCAAAAAAGCGGACGCGGAGCAAUCAUGCUUCUUACGCGGAUUUACAGCAGCCCAGAAGAAACACCUCCUCGAGUGAAACCCCUGAAGAGUCGAUGCCGCCCUCACCUGUUAAUGAAAAUAGCCCUGGCCGGAGCCGUCAACGUCGGUCUUCAUUAAAUGAUGGUGUGAACGUCCACCGGAUCGCGGCUCAAGAUCCGACAUCGACCUUCCAAGAGAACACUGCAAGUAUCAAUCAGGAGAAUCAGGAGCAAAAGCAAAAGCACGACUGA